UAGCUCUCUCAUUCCCACUUUCUUUUAUCUUUUCCUAUUUCCUCUUCUACCCUUUGCCCUAAUUUCUUCUCUCAAAGGCGUCUUCGUAUACGCCUUUGUUUUUCAUUUCUCGAUCUCGCCUCAGUUUGUCUUGUUAAUCACCAAAACCUAAUCGAAAAUGAGAGAGUGCAUUUCAAUCCACAUCGGUCAAGCUGGUAUCCAAGUCGGUAACGCUUGUUGGGAGCUUUACUGUCUUGAACAUGGCAUUCAGCCUGAUGGACAAAUGCCCAGUGACAAAACAGUUGGAGGCGGCGAUGAUGCUUUCAACACUUUUUUCAGUGAAACUGGUGCAGGCAAACAUGUUCCUCGUGCUGUCUUCUUAGAUCUUGAACCUACUGUUAUUGAUGAAGUUCGUACUGGAACUUAUCGUCAAUUGUUCCAUCCUGAACAACUCAUUAGUGGGAAGGAAGAUGCUGCUAACAACUUCGCUAGAGGUCACUACACAAUCGGAAAAGAGAUUGUAGAUCUGUGUUUGGACAGGAUCAGAAAGCUUGCUGAUAACUGUACUGGUUUACAAGGCUUUCUUGUUUUCCAUGCUGUUGGUGGUGGAACUGGAUCUGGUCUUGGAUCUCUAUUGCUUGAGAGGCUUUCAGUUGAUUACGGGAAGAAAUCCAAACUUGGGUUUACUGUAUACCCUUCACCUCAAGUUUCCACAUCUGUUGUUGAACCUUACAACAGUGUUCUUUCAACUCAUUCUCUAUUGGAACACACCGAUGUGUCUGUGCUGCUUGACAAUGAAGCUAUCUAUGACAUCUGCAGAAGGUCCCUUGACAUUGAAAGACCUACUUACACCAACCUUAACAGGCUUGUUUCUCAGGUUAUUUCAUCUUUGACUGCAUCACUUCGAUUUGAUGGAGCCUUGAAUGUGGAUGUGACAGAGUUCCAAACCAAUUUGGUUCCAUACCCACGUAUCCAUUUCAUGCUUUCAUCAUAUGCACCUGUUAUCUCAGCUGAGAAGGCCUACCAUGAGCAGCUUUCAGUUGCUGAAAUCACCAACAGUGCAUUUGAACCAUCAUCUAUGAUGGCUAAGUGUGAUCCUCGUCAUGGUAAAUACAUGGCUUGUUGUUUGAUGUACAGAGGUGAUGUUGUACCCAAGGAUGUUAAUGCUGCUGUUGCCACAAUCAAGACUAAGAGAACCAUUCAGUUUGUUGAUUGGUGUCCUACUGGAUUCAAGUGUGGUAUUAACUACCAGCCACCAACUGUUGUUCCUGGUGGAGAUUUGGCUAAGGUUCAGAGGGCUGUCUGUAUGAUUUCCAACUCUACAAGUGUUGCUGAAGUGUUUUCCAGAAUCGAUCACAAGUUUGAUCUUAUGUAUGCCAAACGUGCCUUCGUCCAUUGGUAUGUUGGUGAGGGUAUGGAAGAGGGAGAGUUUUCUGAAGCUCGUGAAGAUUUGGCUGCUUUGGAGAAGGAUUAUGAGGAGGUUGGUGCUGAAUCUGCUGAAGGUGAAGAUGAUGAAGGCGAUGAGUACUGAGUUGGUUUUUAGUUCUGAGUUGUUAUCAACCAAUUGACUCAUUGGUCUGUAAUGAAAGUUGGUGGGUUUGUUCUUGCAGUCUAACUGAGUUAGUUGCUUAUGUUAGUUUUUGUGCUUUAACUUCUUUAGGUUUAUUCCUUGUGGUGUUAGUUUGUGUGUGUUUUAUCUUGAUGCAUUGAGGACCACCUCGCAUUAGAUAUUAUGACUUUAUUUCACUUUAAUGGGAGUUUUUAGGACUUUAUUUCACUUCAAUGAAUGUGUUGGACUUUAUUUCA